CGCAUGGGAAAAAGAACAAAGAAACAACAUAUCUUGAGUUUCCGAAGCGCUUACGACGAUCAAAUUCACGUUUUGUUCCGAAUGCAGCAUUGUCGUUGAACUUCAGGUAUAACACUUCGCCUCUUCGCUCUCACUCCCUCUUAUCUUUUUUCCCACCUAAUAUUUUUCGACUCUUUAUAACUCAUCAUGCAUGCAAAGAUAGUACCAAUUCAACGUUUUUAAUUCAAAUUUCAUUUUUUUCCUUUCAAUUUUAUCCCAUUAUUACUGAAACCCCUUUUCCCCCAUACUUUGAUCCAUUCUAUAAGCAGAGCAUGCACGUGCAUGUAGGUGAAUCUUAGAUAUCAUGGCUCUGAGUCUCCAUUUGAGGUUGGAAAUACAUUUUUUUUGCCAAAUUUGUAUUGUUAUUCAUCGUAGGAAAAAAGGGUUUGUAACCAUUGUACCCACUCGAGUAAUUUUAGUUUUAAUGUCAUUUUUUUCACGUGUUAGUAGUUAUUGCCGUAUAUACUAGUCUUGGCAAGAUGUUAUUAUUGUUUGGGGUGUGAUUGGUAGGGAUACAAAUGGGGGAAUUGAAAAUAAGGAUAGGAGCUUAUUGUUGGUUAGAUUAAUACAUAUUAGUUGAUUGCCUGUAAAAAAUAGCAGAACAUUUUCAUGGUACAAGGAUGUCCAGUCCAGCUUCAAAAGCCUCUUGGACACCUGAAUUCCAUAGAAUAUUUGUUGAUUUAUGCCUUGGAGAAAUGCUGAAGAAUGAGCCCGGGUCAAUGCGAAUUACUAAGGCUGGUUGGAGGAACAUUGUUGGAUCCUUUUAUGCGAAGACAGGUGUGAGAUAUGACAAAAAGCAAUUUAAGAAUCACUAUGAUUCUACCAGAAAACUAUGGAAAGUCUGGGUCAAGUUGACUGAUGAUAGCAACAUGAAGUGGGAUCCAGAAAUGCGGACGUUUGGUGCUUCCGAGGAAGACUGGCAAAAUUACGUAAAGGCAAUUCCAGAAGCUGCCCAGUUUCAGUCUAAGGAAAUCCAGUUUAAAGACAAACUGGAUAUCAUCUUUGAUGGAGGGAAUCGAAUUGAGGAAGUGAAAAGGUGGGCCAGUGUCAAGUGGCAGAAUGAUGCUUCAGCUACAUCUCCCUUGUGUGGAAGAGAGCGAGAGAAGAAACACAAGAAUUUUGAUAGGGAUUGUGAAUCAGAUAGUACCAUUAUGGUUGACUAUUCACCAACACCAAAAGCUUCUUGGUCACCUGCAUACCAUAAAAUGUUUGUUGACUUAUGCAUUGAAGAAACAUUGAAGGGGAACAAGUCUGCGACGCAUUUUACCAAGGAGGGCUGGAGGAAUAUUGUUGGAUCCUUUAAUGCAAAGACUGGUAUGAGAUACGACAAAAAACAAAUUAAGAAUCACUAUGAUUCAACCCGGAAACUAUGGAAAAUCUGGGCUAAGUUGACUGGUGAGGAUAACAUGAAAUGGGACCCCCAAACCAAAACGUUUGGUGCUUCUGAGGAAGGCUGGCACAAUUGUCUAAAGGCAUUCCCAGAAGCUGUACAAUUUCGGUUUAAGGAACUCCAGUUUUCUGACAAAUUAAACGUCAUCUUUGAUGGAGCUAUGCCAACUGAGGAAAUGAUAACAAGGCUUAAGAGGCAGAAUGAUGCUUCAGCUACAUUGCAUGGAAGAGAGCAUGAGAAGAAACGUAGGAAUGUUGGUCGGGAUUGUGGAUUAAAGAGUGCCAUCAUGGUUAAUGCCAUCCCAAUCCGCACAAUUCCAAGUGAGCAGAGCAUGUCCAGUUCAUCAUAUACCAAGGUCAAAGCCGCAUGGACUCCUACACUGCACAAGGUCUUUGUUAAUCUAUGUAUGCAAGAGACAUUAAAGGGGAAUAAGCCUGGCACACAUUUUACAAAGGAAGGUUGGAAGAACAUUAUGGAAUCAUUUUAUGCAAAAACUGGUUUGAAUUAUGGUAGAUUACAACUUAAGAAUCACUGGGAUUCUACCAAGGAACAAUGGAGAACUUGGUGUAAGCUUAUUGGCACCAGUUACAUGAAAUGGGAUCCAUCUGACCAGAAGUUUGAGGCUGGUGAAGAAGAUUGGACCAACUAUUUACAGGAAAAUCCAGAAGCUGCACAAUUUCGCUAUAAGGAACUACAAUUCACUGACAUAUUGGAAACCAUCUUUAAUGGAACUACUGUUACUGGAGAGACUGAACCUGCUGCGCAACAAAGGAAAAGUGAGGGUAGUGUUAUUACUUUCCCUUUAGACACAAAAGAACCUGAUACAGACAACUUAGACGAGAAAACUGAAUGUCAUUGUGAUGCUGUUGCAUCAAGAAAUGGUGUGAGUAUUCAGAAGAAUGCUAGUGCAGUUUCAUCCACCGAAGGCAAACACAAUUAUAGUAUCGGUGAAUGCAUUGAAUGCCUUGAUAGAAUGGAAGAAAUAGAGCAAGGAAGUGAUCUCUACAUGUUUGCUUUAGAUGUAUUCCUUAAGCAGGAAUAUAGGGAAAUUUUUCUGCAGUUGAAAACGCCUAAUCUGAGGAUCUCAUGGUUGCAGCGGCUUCAGUCUGGUGGUCCACCUCCAGUCUAGGUUUUUGUCAUACUUUCAUAGUUUUUUUUUAGUUUAGAGUUCUUCAUAGAAUGUGGUGUUUAGGCAGUGGUCUGUUCCUUACAAUAUGAGGAUGAUAUAACUUUUCAGGGAGUGAUUUCCCAAAUUGAGUAUACUUGGAAGCUUAAAAAUGUAUAUCAUUAACUAGUUGACGCAAUAAUGUAAUAGUUGAUAAAUAGUAGUGGAGUCUCUUAAUACUAUUUUAAUGUUAUUUUAUUGCAGUUACUUUUC